AUCUUUAAAUAAGAUUUUGCAGCCCGGCUAUAAUGUCGCUCGUGUCAUUCCAGUUUGAUCAGGAAAUGUAUGUCGUCGUAUCUUGCAGAGACUUUUUUCGACGCCGCGUCAACAGAUACGACUACUCCAAAAAUAAUUCACAACAUAUGUCCACCUAAUCAUUAUUAAUUCUUAUAGAGGUAUAACUAUUAAUUCACCAAAAGUCGUAUAAUCCCAAUUCAAUAUGUCUACUUUCUUUGAUGAAAUGAAAAAAUCCUUCGUGGAUGUUAAAGUUGUUGAUAAUAAAAUCGACACAGCCACUUUCUUAGAAGCCUCGGAAUCUUUAGUUAAAUUAUUUGAUUUAUUAGGUUCUUCAGCCUUUGCUGUUGUUCAAAAGGAUAUGACUGGUAAUAUUUCUAAGAUUCGUACCAAAUUAUUGUCUGAUCCAGUAGGUUCUGGUACUUUACAAGAUUUAGUAUUAUCUGAAGCUAAUACUAAGACAAAGACUGCCACUCAAGGUUUAUUAUGGUUAUCUCGUGGUUUACAAUUCACAGCUCAAUCCAUGAGAGAAACUGUUGAAAGACCUGGUGAUGAAUUAGCCAGUACUUUCACUAGUGCUUAUGGUAAAACUUUAUCCCAAUAUCAUAGCAUGCUUAUUAAGCCAGUUUUCAAAUUAGCCAUGAAAGCUUGUCCAUACAGAAAGGACUUUUUUGAAAAAUUAGGUGCUGACCAAGAAAAAGUUAACAAACAAUUAUCUGAAUGGUUAGAAGCAUUAGAACACAUUGUUAAGAUCAUCUUUGAUUUCUUUGCUUCUGGUAACUAUGGUAAGGGUUUAUAAAUUUGAUUACGAUUACAGGUUUUUGAAAUAUACGCAUUAGAA